UCAACAACGGCGUACGUGAUUGGUCAUUGCCUCUGCUAGUUUACCUUGAAGUGUUUCUCUUCUAAACGGAGGUUUAUUGUUCCUCUCUGUUUGAGGCCAAAUUGAUUUAGCGUAGUCCUCCCGGAAUUCGUUCCCCGAACAACCAACCUUUACAAUGGCUGGUGGCAAGGCAGGAAAGGACAGUGGAAAGGCCAAGGCAAAAGCGGUGUCUCGCUCCCAAAGGGCUGGACUUCAGUUCCCUGUGGGUCGUAUCCACAGGCAUCUGAAGACCCGCACUACCAGUCAUGGGCGAGUGGGAGCUACAGCAGCCGUGUACAGUGCUGCCAUUCUGGAAUAUCUCACAGCCGAGGUGUUGGAGUUGGCAGGAAAUGCCUCCAAAGAUCUGAAGGUGAAGCGUAUCACUCCCCGCCAUCUACAGUUGGCCAUUCGUGGAGACGAGGAGUUGGACUCCCUCAUUAAGGCUACCAUCGCUGGUGGUGGUGUGAUCCCUCACAUCCACAAGUCCCUGAUUGGCAAGAAGGGCCAGCAGAAGACUGCAUAAAACACCAUCAUCGUGGUGCGCUGGACUCAAGGACUUGUGUUCGGACUGUGAUCAGAUAAACUUGCAUUUGUUUGUUCA